AUGAAUUCUCGAUCAUCAUCCAUAUCACUGCCAGCUCCGCGUCUCCAGUCCCGAGGAUCAUUCGCUUCCCGAUUAUCUUUCGCGGUAUCAAGUGUUGAGCAAGGCGAGGCUGGGGCUGCGCCAACUGCAGCAGAACAUCAAAUAGAGGAGGAGAUUGACGAAAUCAAGAGAUAUGAGGAUGCUGCAAAAGAGCAAUUGAGGAGAAAGGUUCGGCGAAAAGAGACUGCUGGUUUCUUCGAAAGAGGAGGCCAUGCAGGAUGGAGAUACAAAAUAUGGGAGUCUUAUGAAGCCGCCCAAGGAUGGAUAGUGGUUACAUUGAUUGGUGCCGCGAUCGGGUUGAAUGCUGCUUUCCUCAACAUUAUUACGGAAUGGCUCUCAGAUGUGAAGUUAGGGUAUUGCAAGACAGCAUUUUAUCUGAAUGAGAGUUUCUGCUGCUGGGGAGAAGAUAAUGGUUGUGACGACUGGCAUCGAUGGAGUUCUCUCUCGCUGGUCAACUAUGUAUUAUAUAUUAUGUUUGCUACAAUAUUUGCUUUAACUUCGGCCAGUUUGGUCAGAUCUUUUGCGCCAUAUGCAGCCGGAUCUGGAAUCUCAGAGAUCAAAUGUAUCAUUGCUGGAUUCGUUAUGAAAGGCUUCCUAGGAUUCUGGACCCUCGUCAUCAAGUCCAUUGCUCUACCUCUGGCCAUUGCCUCUGGCCUUUCCGUUGGCAAAGAGGGACCUAGCGUACACUACGCUGUGUGUACAGGAAAUGUGAUUUCAAGACUUUUCGAAAAGUAUAAGCGAAAUGCUUCGAAAACGAGAGAAAUUCUCAGUGCCUGUGCUGCAGCAGGAGUAGCUGUAGCCUUUGGCAGUCCGAUCGGAGGAGUGUUAUUCUCACUCGAAGAAAUGUCGUCGUACUUUCCAUUGAAGACCAUGUGGCGAAGCUAUUUCUGCGCCUUAGUCGCGACAGCUGUACUCGCAGCCAUGAAUCCAUUCCGAACGGGUCAGUUGGUCAUGUUCCAAGUUCAUUAUGAUCGAUCAUGGCAUUUCUUUGAGGUUGUCUUCUAUAUCAUCAUUGGUAUAUUUGGAGGCUUAUACGGUGCAUUCGUGAUCAAAUGGAAUCUGAGGGCUCAAGCUUUUCGAAAGAAAUAUCUCACAAAGUAUGCGAUUCUAGAAGCGACAUUGUUGGCUACCGGAACCGCGAUAAUCUGCUACCCGAAUAUGUUUCUGAGAAUCGAUAUGACUGAGAGUAUGGAGAUUCUAUUUUUGGAAUGCGAAGGAGCUGAGGAUUACAAUGGACUAUGCGACAAAGAGAACAGAUGGAGUAUGGUUUUCUCGUUGACCAUAGCAACGAUUCUAAGGGUGUUCCUGGUUAUCAUCUCUUAUGGAUGCAAGGUCCCGGCUGGCAUUUUCGUCCCAUCUAUGGCUAUCGGAGCAUCUUUUGGCCGUACCGUUGGUAUACUGGUACAAGCACUUCACGAAGCAUAUCCAGGAUCUGUUUUCUUCUCAGCAUGUCAACCAGAUGUGCCAUGCAUAACGCCAGGAACCUACGCUUUUCUUGGGGCUGCUGCUGCGUUGAGUGGUAUCAUGCAUAUCACGGUAUCUGUUGUUGUCAUAAUGUUCGAAUUAACUGGAGCUCUGACAUACAUUUUGCCAACAAUGAUCGUUGUGGGCGUCACAAAAGCAGUGAGUGAGCUCUUUGGCAAAGGUGGAAUUGCGGACAGAAUGAUCUGGUUCAACGGUUUCCCUUUCCUCGACAACAAAGAAGACCACACAUUCGGUGUACCCGUCUCACAAGUCAUGACUGGCGACAUCGUAGCACUACCCACGACUGGUCUCACUAUGAAGAACCUCGAAAAACUUCUUGCCGAAGACAAAUACCAAGGCUUCCCAAUCGUGGAAGACUGUGCCUCGAAAAUCUUAGUAGGAUACAUUGGACGGACUGAGCUCCGGUACGCCAUCGAUCGCGUCAAGAGAGACCGUUCCAUCACUUCCACAGCAAAAUGCUAUUUUAGUCCUCCAACAACUAUUGGCCAAUCACAACCUACAACACCGGCUGUUACUUCCUCCACAUUCGAGGGUAUGGCAUCUGCUUCUGUGGACUUCAGCCGCUUCAUAGAUGCCACUCCCGUCACCGCUCAUCCGCGUCUUCCACUCGAAACAGUCAUGGAACUGUUCCGCAAGAUAGGUCCUCGAGUAAUCCUCAUCGAAUACCACGGUAAAUUGGCUGGUUUAGUGACAGUCAAAGAUUGUCUGAAAUAUCAGUUCAAGGUUGAGGCUAGUGAGAACCCUAGGGAUGACAGACAUUUGAUUGAGAGCCAAGAGAGACUUUGGGGUGUGCUAAAAUUGAGCGCGAUAUGGGUUAGUGAGAGAAUUAGUGAUGUCAGUAAAGGCAGGAUCAGAAUUGGCGGAGAUCAUGGGAGGGAAAGGGAUAUUCCUAGGCCGCCGAGGGGACAGACGGGACCUACUAGUUAUGUUAUGGAUGGUACAGAGGACGAUAUUGAUGAUGGGGUGGAGUUAGAAGAUCGGUAG